GUGAUUCAGUGGUACCAGCAGCAUCUAUUGCUACUUUCACUGCUAGUAGUUCAUUUUCUCUUUGGCGCUAGAAAAACAGCAAUGGCGGCGGCGGCGAGAGUAAUGGUAUCAACUAGCAACACUUUAACGGCUUCGCUCCUAUCCAAAGGUCCAUUACGAAAGCCCAGCAGUUUCAGCCUUUGCUUUAAAAACGGACCUGUCCAAAAGAGGCGUAUUUUCACUUGCAAGGCAAUAUACAAUCCACAGAUUCAGACUAAAGAAGAAGGACAGCCUGAAACCCUAGAUUACCGUGUCUUUUUUUCUGACAAUUCUGGCAAAAAGAUAUCCCCCUGGCAUGACAUACCACUACAUUUGGGUGAUGGUGUUUUCAAUUUUGUUGUUGAGAUCCCCAAAGAAUCAAGUGCAAAGAUGGAAGUUGCUACAGAUGAGCAACACACUCCAAUUAAACAAGACACAAAGAAGGGGAAACUUCGAUACUAUCCAUAUAACAUUCACUGGAACUAUGGAUUGCUUCCUCAAACAUGGGAAGAUCCUUCUUUUGCAAACUCUGAAGUUGAGGGGGCAUUUGGAGAUAAUGACCCUGUUGAUGUUGUUGAGAUCGGGGAUAGCCGUGGCAAAAUUGGCCAGCUUCUGAAGGUCAAACCUUUAGCUGCUCUGGCGAUGAUUGAUGAAGGAGAACUUGACUGGAAAAUAGUUGCUAUUUCACUAGACGAUCCAAGAGCUUCACUUGUUAAUGAUGUUGAUGAUGUAGAGAAACAUUUUCCGGGCACUCUCACAGCAAUCAGGGACUGGUUUAGAGACUAUAAGAUACCUGAUGGAAAACCUGCCAAUAGGUUUGCUCUUGACAACAAGCCAGCAAACAAGGAUUACGCUCUUAAGGUUAUUAUGGAAACCAAUGAAUCUUGGGCAAAGCUUGUCAAGAGAUCAAUCCCGGCUGGUGAGCUUUCACUUGUAUAGAUGCCGAUUGAUAGAGCUUGAGCCAGCUAGUUUUCCUGCUUGUAACCUAACUGGACGUGGAAAAUGUCCCCGGGAUUGUAUUCUUCGCUUAUGAGGUGGAAAGACAAUCCAUAUUCUUAAGAUGGUUUUAUGUUAAAAAUGUUAUUGUUCUUCUA